AUGGUGAUGAGCUUUAGGGUAUCGGAAUUACAAGUUCUCUUGGGCUUUGCUGGAAGGAACAAAAGUGGAAGGAAGCACGAACUUCUCACAAAGGCGUUACAGCUGCUGAAAUCUGGCUGCAGCCCGGCCGUCCAGAUGAAAAUUAAAGAACUUUACCGCCGGAGGUUCCCGAGAAAGAUCUUAACCCCUUCGGACUUAUCGAUGCUCCACGUUCAGGCAGGGCAGCUGCCCUCAGCCACCGCGCUGACGCAGGGCACGGUGUGUCACCUGCCCUAUGACCACAGCUCCGCCGCCGCCGUGCCGGCGGCUCUGCUGCCUCCGGUACCCGCGCUGGGACCCAAACAUGAGGCAGACGUUCAGCACCUAUCGCCGCCCAUCCAUCCCGUCCAUCCGGAUGUCAAGAUGAAGAGGUUGCCCUUCUACGACGUUUACGAUGAGUUGAUAAAACCCACCACGUUAGCCUCAAUGAACAGUCAGCGGUUUGAGGAAGCUCACUUCACCUUUGCUUUAACCCCCCAGCAAGUUCAACAGAUCCUCACCUCCCGAGAUAUCUUACCAGGUGCCAAAUGUGAUUACACUAUACAGGUGCAAUUAAGGUUUUGCUUGUGUGAAACCAGCUGUCCCCAAGAAGAUUACUUCCCUCCUAAUUUAUUUGUCAAGGUCAAUGGAAAACUCUGUCCCCUGCCUGGUUAUCUCCCGCCCACAAAAAACGGCGCAGAGCCGAAACGACCCAGCCGCCCCGUCAACAUCACUCCCUUGGCGCGACUUUCGGCAACUGUCCCCAACACGAUUGUAGUGAACUGGUCCUCGGAGUUUGGCAGGAACUACUCUCUGUCGGUGUACCUGGUGAAGCAGCUGACAUCAGUAACGCUGCUGCAGAAGCUGAGAGCCAAGGGCAUCCGAAAUCCAGACCAUUCGCGAGCUCUGAUCAAAGAAAAACUAACAGCUGAUCCUGACAGUGAGAUAGCUACAACGAGCUUACGAGUUUCCCUGAUGUGUCCACUGGGUAAGAUGAGGCUGAUUGUGCCCUGCCGAGCCAUCACGUGCACCCACCUCCAGUGCUUCGAUGCAGCGCUCUAUCUUCAAAUGAACGAGAAGAAACCCACCUGGACCUGUCCUGUGUGUGAUAAGAAAGCCCCAUACGACAACCUGAUAAUCGACGGGUUGUUCAUGGAAAUCCUGAACUCCUGUACGGACUGUGAUGAGAUACAGUUCAUGGAGGAUGGCUCCUGGUGUCCCAUGAAGCCAAAGAAGGAGAACCAGGAGGUGUGCCAGACGUCUGCGUUCAGUGGGAUCGAAGCCAGCUCCCUUUACACCGUGAGCUCCGAGGGCAAGAACGCUUCGGAGGGUAAAAAAAAAGUGGAGGUUAUCGAUCUCACUCUGGACAGCUCAUCGGAGGAGGAGGAGCCGCCUGCCAAGAAGCAGUGUUUUCUUCCGACAGCCGGGCCCAAGGGGGUAUUGAGUAUCGAUCACCAGCCGUCAUCUGUGCUUCGAAGUCCUCCCAUGGCAGCUCUCGGCAGCGACUAUCUCCCCAACCUCCCCAUUCCUGACUACCAUCCUUCCUACCAGAUGCCCUCCGAGCUUCAAGGUCUGGAUUUGUUUUCCUUUCUUCAAAGUGAAAAUCAGCAUUACAGCCCUUCCGUGAUCACCUCACUGGAUGAGCAGGAUACGCUCAACCAUUUCUUCCAGUACAGAGGCACAUCCAGCCCCUUCAUAAACAUGAACCCCCUGGUCCCCGUGAUGGCGGGAUCUCACAGCGCCGGCGGCCCGGCCGGGGGCCGCAUCAGCAGCAUCGUCUCCACCAGCGCUCUGCGGGAGAGCCGUGGGCACAACGGGACGAUGAGUACCACUGCGGCGCUCCCGGGCUGCAGGCCGGACAUCAUUUCCCUGGACUAA